CCCGGCGUUCCCGGCUACCGCUUGAUCCCUCUGUCGCUCUCACCAUCAGGCGUCAUGGCUGCCUCCGUUCCCCGUGCCGCUUCUCUCUCCCCACUGCUUCCCCUUCUCUUGGGCCUCCUGUUGCUCUCCGCUCCGCAUGGCGGCAGCGGCCUGCACACCAAGGGAGCCCUUCCAUUGGAUACUGUCACUUUCUAUAAGGUCAUUCCCAAAAGCAAGUUCGUCUUGGUCAAGUUCGACACCCAGUACCCCUACGGCGAGAAGCAGGAUGAGUUCAAGCGUCUAGCUGAAAAUUCGGCCUCCAGCGAAGAUCUCUUGGUGGCAGAGGUGGGCAUCUCAGAUUAUGGUGACAAGCUGAACAUGGAGCUGAGCGAGAAAUACAAGCUGGACAAAGAAAACUACCCCAUCUUCUACCUUUUCCGGGAUGGGGACUUUGAGAACCCCAUCCCCUAUACUGGGGCCAUCAAGGUUGGAGCCAUCCAGCGCUGGCUAAAGGGCCAUGGGGUUUACCUUGGCAUGCCUGGCUGCUUGCCUGCCUAUGACGCCCUGGCAGGGGAGUUCAUCAGAGCCUCCAGUGUGGAGGCCCGCCAGGCCCUCUUGAAGCAGGGGCAAGACAACCUCUCAAGUGUGAAGGAGACUGACAGGAAGUCGGCUGAGCAGUACCUGAAGAUCAUGAGCAAGGUCUUGGACCAAGGCGAGGACUUCCCAGCAUCAGAGAUGACCCGAAUCACCAAGCUGAUCGAGAAGAACAAGAUGAGUGACGGGAAGAAGGAGGCACUGCAGAAAAGCUUGAACAUCCUGACCGCCUUCCAAAAGAAGGGUGCGGAGAAGGAAGAGCUGUAACAGGUGCCCCAGGGUCUUCCGGGGUGCGGUGGGGAAGACCGACCCCUGUGCAAUGGUGGAAAAAGUAGCACUAAACCAGAAAUCUGAGCCCCAAGUAUGUCUGAACAUUGCUGCUGCUGGGACCACAUGUAGGACAUCUCUCUGGCCACUCCAGGGAUGGCUAUCAGGUGCCCUCAGAAGGAAGCCAUGCUACAGGGAGGAGCGUACUGCCCAGGUCCCCAACAAGUGUAAUUUUGAUCUUAUUAAAUUUCCAUGUUUUGGUUAAGUGGA